AUGUAUAUGUUGUGUCGGCCACCGGGCCUCACCCUCCGUCUCCGUCUCCGUUCCCACAUUCACAAUCCCGUCCUCAAGAAGAAAAAGGAACACUUCACUCCCUCCCCCUCUCUCCCACAAUCGUUCGUUUCUGCCAUUCUUACUUCUCUCUCUUCUCCCAUUCAAACAGGUCACGCAAGCACCGGCCGCAAAUGCGAGGGCUACGCCGUCGUCGUCCCCAGCAACCGGGCCAUCGCCCGCGCCCGCUCGCGCACCACGAGGCUGAGAGACGCGCUCGCGCAGGCCAGGGCGGGCUGGGAAUUCGAAUCGGACCAGGCCACCGUGGAGUACUUUGCUCGGGACGUCGCCCCUAACCUGCCGCAGAACUUUGAGAACAAGUUCUGGUCCGACCUCGUACCGCGCCUGAGAGCGACGAUAAAGACGGCGACGACGACAGCGGCAACGACAACGACUGCCGAUGGAGGGAGAGGGAAUCCGCAAGCCGACGAGCAUUAUGGCAAGGCGUUGCGGUUGAUGGCCAACAAAGUCGCGCCGGAAAGGGGGUUUGAAGAUGUUCAGACGACGUUGGGAACAACUACCACCACUAGGACGACUUCAACGACGACGACGAUACGAAACGACAGUAGCAGGUCCUUCGGAUCACCCAGUAACCGUUCAUCCCCGAGCCUGUCCUCCGCCGGACCGUCAUCAGCCAUCCAGUCCCCAGCAGCCAUGACGCCAGGCAUCUCGAGCAUACCAGAGCUCGCAGAACCAGACCGGCAAGACACCCUCACGCCGACGAACCCCUUCACAUCACCCCCGAGCCAGGCCGGCGGCGACGACCCCGACGAUGACAUGACGCAACCAAACGACGUGGACGUCGUCCUCUCCUGCUGCAUCCUCUUCAUCGCCACGGAGUUCCUCCGCAAGAGCUUCGAUGCCGCCAUGCAGCACCUCGCCAGCGGCAUCAAUAUCCUCAACAACGUAGACUACGACGAGCUGGAACAAGACACGCUCGACGAAAUCGUGCCGAAAUUCCACCGCCUCAGCAUCAUCCAGCUCUGCUACUACGACAAACCGGGCUUCCCCUCACUCAACCUCCAACACGGCGGCGGCAUCAGCAGCAGCAGCGGCGUAGGAACCCUCGGCGGGUUAGGAUCCAGGUACAACCUCGGCCCCUUUGACAAGAGCAGCAGCAUCUACCUCCCCAAACGCGCCGUCGACCCGAUUCUCCUCGACGCCAUCCGCUACAUCCGCUCUGCCGACCCCGGGUCGCAGACGGACUCCCGCCUCGCCUCAAAGGGCCCCGUCAUGUCCGAGGAGCAAAAACACAUCUGUGCCUCGCUCGACCGCUGGCACGCCGCCUUCCUCGCCUUUGUCGAGAACCCCCGCAAAGACGACGACGGCGACCGCCCCCUGCCGAAGCACCAGGGGCUCAUCUGCGCCGAGACGGAGAUGAAGUACCAGGCGGCCAAGAUCUGCAUCAGCGUCUGCCGGUCUCACGACGAGUCCGUCUACGACUGCUUCAAGGAGAACUUCGCGCGCAUCGUUGUGCUCGCGCGGUUGAUCCUCGACAGCUGCCCCGACGUCCCGCCCGAGGCGCCGGACGAUUUCCAAUUCGAUUUUAAACCGAGUUUCCUCUCCCUUGUCGAGUUCGUUAUUGUUAAGUGCCGCUGGCUCGAUAUUCGGUACCAGGCGUGGCUCAUUGCGUGGGAACUCGCCAUGGGAAGGCGGGAGCCCGUGACGCUGGGCGAGGGACAUGAGCUGCACUACAUUGGCAAGCGGAUGAUUGAGCGGGAACAUAACGUUAGCAUCGAGGAGGUGACGAGGCAGAACGCUAGCCUGUUUUCGUUGCCGGCCGAGGAGAUGCGCGUCAAGGACUACCUUACCGACGCCCGGUUUGCGGAUUUGGUCCAGACGGACGACAAAAAGGAUAAAUCAUCGUCGGCAGCCGCAGUACAGGUCCCGUACACCCAACGUCUGCUUCUCCGCUGCGGCAGCUGUGAAUUGGAUCAACUUGCCGGCUGGAUGGAGGGCUACGAGUUUUCGGGGAGGGAGCAGUGAAAGGAGGAAGAGUCAUGAGUUUGAAAAGAGUUCAUGUACGUUUUCCCCGCCGGUCCGAGAGGGCAAAGCGCGAUGGAAGCCUACCUCCCUCCUCUUCUUUUUCUUCUCUUCUUUUUCU